UUACAUCCGAACAAAUGGUCCCGUAAUAUUGCCAAAGGUUUUGACGAUAGUUUGUAAUGCAAUGAUUAUUACAGAAAGAAGAAGAUGAUAAGUUGUUAAAAGUGAAUCAAAAAAUGAAAGUUCAGAUGCUCACUGAUGUUUUCCAAAGUAUAAAUUUUCUAUCCAUGCCUUAAAUUCUUGUUACCAUGUUCCACAGAAGCUCUGAAAUCUGAAAGGUAACAUGAACGGGGAUGAUACUUCAUCGUCAGACGACUCAGAUUGCGGUCCUUUGUGGGAUUCAUCUGAUGACUCAGAUUCUGAUCGAGAGCUUCCUGUACUCAAAAAACAGAAGAUAGAACUUCACAAAAAUGUUAGAGCCAGCAAUGGAACUGGCCAUGAAGAUGCAGCUGACAAUGACUUGCAGAUGAUCACAGUGACUGUUGAUGAAAGCGGGACUUGCACUAAACUUUUUGACGAAGAACUUGACGAAGAAGAGCCUCAUCAGACAGAGGAAUAUGAAGAAAUAGACUCCAAUGGCAGAGACCCAUACGAGGUGCGGCGCUUCAGCAGCCUCCGUGACGUCAUCACCUUCAUGGAUCACUACCAGCAGGAGACGCUCACACACUUCACAUCUUUCAGCAGACACGGUGCAUUUGGCAAUGAGAAGCAGGUCCCAAAUGUUCAGCGUGGCCGCAUCUACUUCGAGUCGCUGAAGGGCAAGUGUGGGAUGCCCAUCACCUACGACGGCGUGCCCUUCAUCCACAUGGGUCGCUGGUCCUUCACGUGCCACCAGGGCGUCGACCGCAACCUCAAGCAGAAGGAACAGUACCAGAAAAAGCGGAAGGAGCGCUGUAAAAAGGAAGGCAUCAAGCUAGAGACCAGGUCAAGAAUCUCUAAGAAGGUGAACUGCCCCGCUGAGAUCUACAUAUCGCAUGUCGUGAAGUUUCCCCAGCACGCAGUGCAGGGUGGAUGCUCAGAAGACUCAUCGUUGCCCUCAGAUCAGGUGCGGCGAAACGUCAAGCGGAAGCUGAGCGAGCAAUACAAGCAGAACAGCAGCGACAUUAUUUGCGAGCACUGGUACUACGUCAGGAUACCCAUGCCCUGGGCGCACAAGGGGCAUCCAGUUCUCGCCACCGUCGACGACUCCUGGGAUGCCGCGGUGCCAGUGGGCACAAAAGUGACGCUUAACACCGACGCUGUGGCGCGGCUGUACGAUAAACGCAAGAGCGCUCUCCAGAAUGUGGUGGUGCGCACCAAAGAGCCCGUGGACCCUCGGGUGCUGGAGAAGAUCAGGUCGCUCUACAAGGAAGGCGUGCAGGAUGAGAAGAGCAUCAGGGAGGCUCUCAACACCUACGUUGACGAGGAACUCCUGGCGGGCAAGGCGAAACCUCCACCGAUCUUUAGGCGCUACAACCCUACCAAUAAGGACAUCGCCAACGAGAUAGUCAAGGCAAAAGAGGAGCUGCGUGCUGACCGCGCUCGACACACGCGCGAGAUGUGCACGUCGCUGGUGUCUGAGGUGGCUCAGCUGCUGCCUGCCGUCGAGGACGAGCAGGCGCUGCAGAGCGCGCACGAGCUCCUGUCGCAGCUCUACGAGCUCGUCAAGAGCGCCGUGCCUGAAUGCAUCAGUAAUCCCGAGGAGCACGUUGUGACGGAGACUACAAUAGGCGACAAAGAUGCCUCGUGCAGUGGACUUAUAUUGUCGGAUCCAUCGACCACCAUCGUCAUCCCUCAGCCCCUGACCGUACAGCAGCAGCUGCAGCAUGACAAUCCUAACACUCGAGGGCAACAUCUCACAUUACAGCCUCGACUCGCCCCUGUCCAGCAACACCAUCCCCAUCAGCAGCAGCUAAGGAUGCAGUUGGAUAGCUCCAGCUCACCGCUGUCGCUCAUGAGCGGCACAACUGUGUUGAGGGCCCAGGACGGGUCGCUGCACCCGGCAGGGCAACACACGAUAACCUACGCUGACUACACCUCCGUCCAGCCCCUCUGCCCCACCGCGGCAGGCGUGGCCACCGUGCACAGCAUCAGUCCCACCAUCACCACCCUCCACGGAUCACAUCAACCUCAGCACACUUAUGAGAUCGCCACCAUUCAGCCUAAUGGUACAUUGCAGUAUACCGACCGUAAAAUUACGCAGCUGCAGACUUGGUAUCAGUAAAGGAUUGUUCACGCGAGACGUUGGCUCAGUACCUACCAGAUCUGCGUAAAACAAGUCAAAUAAUUAAAUAAUGAGUAACGGUGAAAGUAAAGUUCGAUCAAUAAGCAUGGGCUCACUAUCCAGCAUGGGGCGUAGUCUUCAAAUGGAAGAACAAUUAGAUGAGUAUUUGACUUUAAAAUUAAUUUUUUUUAUUUUCAUAAUCAAUGUUUAUUAUCUUCAUGCAUCGCGCUUCUCCGCAACUAUAUAUGUAUCAUAAAUUAAUCUUUG